AUGACAGUCCUAUUAAUCUACCUUUCUCUCUCUCCUUUCUCCUCAGUGGACGACUGCACGGAUUGGUCAGUGGACUACUUGAAAUACAAAGUGCUUUUGGGGGAACCGGUGCGGAUUAAAUGUGCUUUAUUCUAUGGAUACAUCAGAGCGAACUACACCCACUCCCAGAGUGUGGGACUAAGCCUUAUGUGGUAUAAAAGUACAGGACACGGAGACUUUGAGGAGCCUAUCUCUUUCGACGGCAUCAGAAUGAACAAGGAGGAGGACGCUAUCUGGUUUAGACCCACCGAGCUCCAAGACGUUGGACACUAUUCCUGUGUAUUGAGGAAUUCCACAUAUUGUAUGAAAGUGUCCAUGUCACUGACAGUGGCGGAGAACGACACAGACCUCUGCUACAACUCCAAAAUGAGGUACUUCGAGAAGGCAGAGUUAAGCAAAAGUAAAGAUAUCACCUGUCCGGACAUUGAGGAUUAUGUACAGCCGGGGAAGGAGCCAGAGAUAGUAUGGUACAAGGAAUGCAAGCCAAAGCAGUGGAGACAAAGCAUUGUAAGGAGAAGAGAUACUCUCUCUAUCCGGGAGGUGCGUGAAGAUGACAUUGGAAAUUACACGUGUGAAUUACAGUUUGGCAGCUUCGUGGUGAGAAGAACUACAGAACUAUCUGUUACAGCCCCUCUGACAGACAAGCCUCCAAAGAUCCUGUUCCCUUCAGAAAGCAAACUCAGCAUCCUGGAGCUGCAGACAGGAAAUCAAGUCAACCUGACGUGCCGAGCGUUCUUCGGCUUCGCCGGGGAGGUCAGUCCGCUCAUCUACUGGAUGAAGGGAGAGAAGUUCAUCGAAGACCUGGAUGUGGAGAGGUUCAGAGAGAGUGACAUCAAGCUUAUCCGGGAGCACCUGGGAGAGCAGGAGGUGUCUAUCACCCUGACCAUUGACUCGGUGGAAGAGGCUGAUCUGGGGAACUACUCCUGCUUCGUGGAGAAUGGCAACGGCAGAAGGCAGGCCAACAUCCAGCUCACAAAGAGAGAGCUUAUGUACACAGUGGAGCUGGCGGGAGGCUUGGGGGCCAUCUUGUUGUUGUUGAUCUGCCUCGUGACCCUCUACAAGUGCUACAAGAUGGAGCUCAUGCUCUUCUACAGGAACCAUUUUGGCAGCGAGGACAUCGAUGGAGAUAAUAAGGACUAUGAUGCCUAUCUGUCAUACACCAAAGUGGACCCGGACCAGUGGAGUCAGGAGACGCGUGAGGAGGAACGCUUCGCCCUGGAGAUCCUACCCGACGUCCUGGAGAGGCAUUAUGGGUAUAAACUGUUCAUUCCAGACAGGGACUUGAUCCCAACCGGAACCUAUAUCGAGGACGUGGCGCGCUGUGUGGACCAAUCCAAGCGCCUCAUCAUCGUCAUGACACCCAAUUACGUGGUGCGCCGGGGUUGGAGCAUCUUCGAGUUGGAGACCCGCCUCCGGAACAUGCUGGUCACCGGGGAGAUCAAGGUGAUUCUGAUUGAGUGUGCCGAGCUGCAUGGCAUCAUGAACUACCAGGAAGUGGAAGCGCUCAAACACACCAUCAAGAUGCUGACCGUCAUCAAGUGGCGUGGCCCCAAGAGCAACAAGCUCAGCUCCAACUUCUGGAAACACUUGCAGUACGAGAUGCCCUUCAAGCACAUGGAGCCCAUCAUCAGCAAUGAGCAGGUGCUGGACGUCAGCGAGCAGGGCCCUUUCGGCGAGCUCCAGACCGUCUCCGCCAUCUCCAUGGCAGCCGCCACCUCCACCGCCAUGGCCACGGCGCACCCGGACUUGCGGAGCACCUUCCACAACUCCACUGUCAACUACCACACCCAGAUGAGGCAGCAGAAACAUUACUACCGCAGCUACGAGUACAACAUGGCUCCCGGCGGCAGCCUGCCACCCCUCUCCACCCUGGGUAACCAGCACACCUACUGCAACAUCCCUAUGACUCUGAUCAACGGACAGAGGCCCCACGGCCAGGCCAGGACACCCAGAGAACAGAGCAUCGAGGAGGCACACGCCAAUAACGCCAUGCUACCGCUGCUGCCACGCGAGACCAGUAUAUCCAGUGUCAUCUGGUGA